CGACGACGACGACGACGACGACGACGACGACGACGACGACGACGACGACCGCGAAAGGUCCUGCGGCCGUUGCCCCGGCAAAGAGGAAGUACGAUGGCAAUCUGCCCACUGCUUUGGAGGAGGCCCUGACGAAGAUCCGGAGGCGCAAGACGGCGCACAACAAGCAGGGGAAGGAUGGGCCAGCCAUUGAUGGCGAGGCUCUCAAGCAACUCUGUGGCGAGGCUUGGACGCGCGUCCAAGAGGGUUUCCGUCGUCACCUUCGUGACAAGGAUCCUGCAAAAUUCCAGCAGCUGGAUAACCUGAAACACGACGCGCCGAAGCGGGACUUCAUGGCAACGGUUCUGCUAGAGUAUGCAGAAUGAGGUGAGACG